AUGAGGGCCACCCAGGAUCCGGAGGCCCAAAAAGCUUCACCAGAAACCAACUCUCCCCACGACUCCGAUACGGAUGAAGAGUUGCAGUCGAAACCGCAACCUAUCAGUGGAUAUGAUAUUCCCACCUGGCGUAAAUGCCUCAUCCUGUUCGUCGUCAGUUGGAUGACCCUGGCGGUCACUUUUUCCAGCACGUCAUUGUUGCCCGCGACUCCAGAGAUUGCGACGGAGUUCUCGACGACGACGGAGAUUCUCAAUGUCAUUAAUGCCGGCGUCCUGAUUGCAAUGGGAUUUUCUUCUUUCAUCUGGGGGCCCAUCACUGAUUUAUUUGGCCGUCGAACGGCCUAUAACGCCGCUAUCAUUGUGCUGUGUGGCUGCUCUGCUGGCACAGCAGCGUCGAUUAACUUGCAUAUGUUCAUCGCAAUGCGAUUACUGAGUGGAUUCACUGGAACUUUUUUCAUGGUGGCGGGACAAACUAUAAUUGCAGACAUCUUCCCACCAGUCGUACGGGGAACUGCUGUAGGAUUUAUGAUGGUUGGGUCUUUUGGAAUGACUGCCUUGGGGCUUGUCUUGUCCCUUCUUUUUGUUCCAACCAUCCACAAGAAAGGCCAAGAGAUACCCGUCCAACAACCCAUCAACAUGUCUCUCGUCCUGCGCAAAUUUAACCCAUUGCGCAUCUUCGGCCCAUUUGUCUACCCUAACGUCUUUCUUUGUCAUCUGACAUGCGGUCUGCUCGCGACUUUUCAAUAUGCGAUCCUCACAUCUGCUCGCUCGAUCUUUAAUCCGCGAUUCAACCUGACUACUCCGCUUGUCAGCGGUCUGUUUUAUCUCUCCCCCGGAAUGGGCUUUCUGAUUGGAAGUGUCAUGGGCGGCAAGUUAUCGGAUCGUGCUGUGAAACGGUGGAUCCAAAAGCGCAAUGGAGUUCGCCUCCCUCAAGAUCGGCUUAAUAGUGGCUUGAUCACUCUAUUUCUGGUGCUCCCGGCAUCUACGCUGAUUUACGCCUGGACCUUGCAGGAAGAGGUGGGCGGCAUGGCAGUCCCUAUUAUCAGUGCCUUCACAGCCGGCGUUAUGCCGCAUAUCCGUUCAGAGGUGAUCAGUGGGAAAUAUGUGGUCCAGUAUAUUUUUGCUGCAGGAGCCACGGCGGCCGUUGAGCCUUUGAUCAAUUCAAUUGGCAUGGCACGCGGGAAUGGGCUGAAACGCGGCGCUUUAUUUGCCGAGCAGGACGAACAUCGGCAGCAGAGAAGGAAAUUUGUCGCGUGCCCAGAUGUCAACGGUGCCAUGCCCAUAAAAUCAAAUGCUCCGGAGAUCAGCCCUGCAGCAAGUGCAUUACGGUCGGUUGUGCCGAUGAAUGCGCCUACUCCGCGCGGGAUCCUGCUGGCGGAAAACCGACGCUUGAAAGAGCAAUCGGUUACUUCGGCCGAUGCGCCCGAAGUCCCUGGUGAGCCACAUAGCGAACAGUAUGCCGCCGCCUCUACAUACAGCCACAGUAUGAGAACAGGACUAAAAGUGAACACUAGAGAACCGUCUCGACCAACAGAAGCCCCUGAUGCAACUGGCAUCCAGAAUCCCAUUAUCGGAGAUCGAGCGUGGUUCCAUCGCUAUGAUCCAUCCUCGCCGCCCAUCUAUAUCGGCGAAGCAGCGUGCUCGGCGUUCGCCACACGGUUCCGUCGGUUUCUCACGGGAAACAAUGCCACUGCCCACAUUGCGCGGACACAGUGGGAGCGUGAAGAAGCCAUCACAGCCGCCGCCAAUGAAGCCGAUGUGCAGUGGCCGACAUUGCAUCAUGCCCGGCUGCUAGUGCGGAUUGCUAUUCACCAGAUCGGGUAUCUCUACCACCUCAUGAUGCGGAAAUCAACCUUAGACAAACUCGAGGAGAUCUACCAGACAGGUAACUUCAACUGCAAGGCCAAUAAAUGCAAAUUUUUUGCGCUAUUUGCCUUUGGCCAGGCGUAUUCGAUUCGGUCCGACCCCUCCCCCGGGUUACGGGUUCCCGGUACGGCCUACUUUGCUCGGGCAAUGAGUUUAGUUCAGAUUCUACCGGAGCGGACGAGUAUCACACAUCUGGAAACACUGUUGUUACUGUCCUUAUUUUCCUAUUAUCUGAAUCGACGCCACUCCGCAUACGUGCUGAUUGGGAACGCCAUGCGUAUGGGCCUGACUAUCGGGCUGAAUCACAAUAUCCCCGAGUCUCAGCUCAUCGAUCCUGUGGAACGCCAACAUCGCAUAGAGAUAUGGUGGACAAUCUACAUCUUCGAUCGGAUGUGGGGGUCGAAGAUGGGAUUGCCUAUGCAGAUCCUGGAUGAAGACAUCCACGUCGACAUGCCGACAACCAUUUCGCCGCGCUGGCGACACGAGGAAGAACUGUCAGAUACAGACUAUAUGACUGCAAACAUCAAGCUCGCUCGGAUUGUCGGCGAGACCAUCACAAAGCUCUACAGCCGACGGAAGUACCAAGAGACCUUUCUCCAGCGAGUCCAAAAAAUUCUCAAGGCCUUGAAAAACUGGGUCGAAACCCUCCCCGAAAGCGUACGCUUGAACAUGGAAGACCUGGAAUCAAGCAAGAAGCCGGUAGUCUCGCUACAUAUGGCUUUCAACCAGUGCAUCAUCCUUACGACCAGACCGACUUUACUCCAUCUCCUGAUCACCCUCCGCAAAGACAGCGGGACAAAGCCCUUGUCAGAGAACGGUAGUAGAGACCAUGUCUCUCAACCCGUUCUAACCCUCAGCGAAGCAUGCAUUCACGCGGCGCGGCAUUCCCACUCGAUGAUUCUAACCCGCUGGAUCAACGGCACCAUGCCCACCUUCGGAUACUUCCACGCGCACUACCUUUUCUCAUCCGCGCUGAUCCUCGCCAUGUCCAGUUUCGUGCCGAUUGGGAACCCGAAUGAUAUGAAUAGCUUCGACUCGGCACUCGACCUCCUACGCGCGAUGAGCGAGAACGGGAACCUCGCUGCGGCCGAGUUCUACCACAAUUUGGAGCAGGUGAAAGUCUGCCUGGACGUAUACCGGGGCACCAGUCGGCCCCGGAAGGCCGAAAAUGGAGGUCUGGAGACGAGCGACGCGCCGAAUACAGCUACAGCGCCAACAGUGCCAGGUCCGAUACCCGGACUGGCAUCGACACUGACGCUGUCGUCAUCAGCGUCGUUGCCGGCCAUCCUAUCCAGUACGGCUACGGCUCCCAUGAUACCUACUGAAGCCGAUCUCCUGGCGGGCCCAUCUGCAACUUCCACCGAGGCAUAUCCCGUGUCGGCGCGGGACCUGACCGGCGGGUACACGACCGAGAUGGCUUUCCUAGAGCCGACGAUGCAAGACUUCCUCGCACAGUCGGAUAUUGACUUAGGGUUGCUGCACCCGGUCGAUACAUUUUUGAAUGAGGCGGAGAAUCUUUACACGUGUCAUGAAAUGUAG